GAAACAGAAAUUCUUACAAUUAGAUACUGUACAUGCUUUCAAAAACUCUGCAGGUUUAUUAUAAGCAUGACUUACUAUACAUUGAAUUUUAAUGCUGGAAACCUUGGUGCUGGCUCCAUCUAUCUCAACUUCUUCCUAUCAGGACUUGUAGAGCUUCCUGCCCACAUACUUAUCAUUUUUACUAUAGACAGGUAUUUGCUCAUCUUCAGUUCUGUGCGGACCUUUGUAAGGUUUAGCAAAACUUUAAACUCUCUUAUCUGUUUUUCUAUAUGUUCCAUUAAAUGUGUUAGUUAUCAAACUUAUAAGUAAUUGACAAAAUGUAACCAUAAAUGAUGUCAUGCAUCCAAGGAUGGGGAGGGAGGCACCCAUAAAUGAUGUCAUGCAUCCAAGGUUGGGGAGGGAGGCACCCAUAAAUGAUGUCAUGCAUCCAAGGUUGGGGAGGGAGGCAUCCAUAAAUGAUGUCAUGCAUCCAAGGUUGGGGAGGGAGGCACCCAUAAAUGAUGUCAUGCAUCCAAGGUUGGGGAGGGGGGAUGUCACAAAAAUUUGUGGCUUUUGUGUUACAAUGGUGUCUAUAAUAUUAUGUGACACAUUUAUGAUGAUGGGAGAGGGGAAGGGGCAAAAAUUGGCCCAAAUAGUAUGAACUAAUUAAUGGAUUACUACAUUUGAAAAAAAAAUAGAAGGUUCUUCUCAAAAGUUUGUGGUAAGAUUUCACGUGCCAUAAACAUACAGUUCCACAUGACCUGACCUCAUCAUCCAAUUUUGUCAUUAAAAUGUCCCAUCCAGAUGACCCUAAAAAAUGCUUGUAUGGUUUUGUUCUUUAACAGAUUAGGUCGAAAGAUUAUCCAUUCAUGUAUGCUGAUCUUCUGUGGCAUGGCUUGUCUUCUCUGUGUUUUGGAAAUAAUAUUGGCACCAGAAGGUGAGGAAUGGAAAAGUAAUAUAAAAUUUUACCUUCUUCAAAAAUUACGAAAGAAUGAGCUUUUGUCGUUAACAAAAUCUAAAUAAUUUCAUAUAUGCUGAGUGGUGUUUAUAGAAAAUGCAGACAAUGUUUCUUUAAAGAUUUUAUUUUUUUCUGGUCACUUAAUGUCAAAUAAAUUGUUUUUCUGUUUGUAAUGCAUAUGCACUCUUCAAAUAAUAGUUUUUCAAAUCAAAUAAAAAUAACUUUUUUUUCUCCAGGUUACCAGUGGUUAUCUAUUGUAUUUCCCCCCCCCCCAGGUUAUCAUUGGUUAGCUAUUGUAUCCCCUCCCCCCCGUUAUCAAUGGUUAGCUAUUGUAUUCUCUUCUAAUAGUUUUUCAAAUCAAAUAAAAAUAACUUUUUUUUCUCCAGGUUACCAGUGGUUAUCUAUUGUCUUUCCCCCCCCCCCCAGGUUAUCAUUGGUUAGCUAUUGUAUCCCCUCCCCCCCGUUAUCAAUGGUUAGCUAUUGUAUUCUCUUCUCCUCCCCCCUGUUACUAGUGAUUAACUAUUGUAUUUUUGCCCCAGGUUACCAGUGGUUAGCUAUUGUAUUAGCCAUGAUGAGCAAGUUUGGAGUGACCGGUGCCUUUAGCACAAUUUAUCUGUAUUCAUCUGAGCUAUUCCCCACUGUUAUACGACACUCUGCUCUAGGAGCCAGCUCAAGCUGGGCCAGGCUGGGAGCUAUGUUAGCACCAUUUGUUGCUGCCCAGGUAUACCACAAACAUUUACUUUAAAAAAAAUAAAAUAAAACUUGGUAAUGCCUUAGUCAAACGGAUGGCCUUAGUCAAACGGAUGUACCGGUAUGUUAUGUAUGCAAGAAAAUGAUUGUGAGCCAAUCUUUCACUGGUCAUUUAUUCAGGACUAGUUAAAAGUCGAUUCUACAAAAGCAAUAAUACUUUAAUUAGACCCGAUCCAUUCAUCUAAAUUUUUUUCAUUAUUCUAUAGUCAUGAAUAUGUAGGCUGCCAGUAAACUUUUUAAUUGCUGCUAAUUUUUUUAAAAAAUAAAGUAAUUUAGGGCACACAUUUUGAUAAUAAAACUAAAAGAAUAAUGAGUUAUUAACUGUGUCUAGGGUGCCAGCUUAAAUCCAACCCUUGGCAGAAGUGUACCCUUGUUGAUAAGUGGCUGCCUGAGUCUCAUGGCUGGACUACUGGCAUGCCUGCUGCCAGAGACAUUAAACCGGAAGCUGCCUGAAACACUGAGUGAUGCCAAAAAGUUCACAAAG